AUGGGGAGACUGGUGGGUCUUGAGCUACACAACUUUAAGUCCUACAGAGGCACCUCUUCUAUUGGUUUUGGUAGUUCGUUUUUUACUUCCAUCAUCGGGCCUAACGGAUCGGGUAAAUCCAACAUGAUGGACGCGAUCUCGUUUGUGUUGGGAAUCAAAUCUAGUCAUUUAAGGUCAAACAAUCUGAAGGAUCUGAUUUAUAGGGGAAGAGUUCUGGGCGAAAGCAAUGAUGGUGAAGAAAAUGAAAAUGAUCCCACUACGGCAUACGUGAUGGCUAUUUACGAAAAAUCAAAUGGAGAUAUUUUGAAGCUCAAAAGAAGUAUCAACGAGACAGGUAUUAGCGAAUACAGAAUCAACAACAAAACAGUGAGCGCAACCCAGUACGCGGAUGUACUGAAGAAAGAGAAUAUUUUGAUUAAAGCCAGGAAUUUCCUGGUAUUCCAGGGAGACGUCGAGAAAAUCGCGUCGCAAUCACCAGAAGAACUUACGCGAUUGAUCGAGAAUAUCAGUGGCUCGAUUGAUCAUAAGAAAGAUUAUGAUAUGCUUCUGGAGGAGAAAGAGAAGGCGCACGACACUACGGCAUUGCUGAAUUCGAGAAAGAAGGCACUUCGGGAAGAGUUUAAUCAAUACAAAAACCAAUCUCUGGAAAUUGAGCAGUUUGACCUGAAAAGUAAAGAGCUUUCCGAUUUGAUUUUGGCGAAAUACUUGACUGAACUCUACCACAAUAACAAAGAGCUUGAGCAGGGUAUACGUGAACUCAAAUCUGCCACUCAUGAGCUGAAAGAUUUGCAGAAGGUGCUGAAAGACAACGAAGCCACCAUGAAAAACGUGAUUAAAACGCGUAACAAGGAUGACAGCGAUUACCACAAAAUAGAAAAACUGAUCUCUAGAAAGGCCGCUUUAAUCAAAGAAAAGCAGUUAGCUUUGAUUCCUCUCAAGUCUGAAGUGUUGCAAUUAUCCAAGAAAAUCAGUGAUUAUAAGAAGAGGAUUGAAACUUUAUCCGAUGACCACCAACGACAGAACGCGAUUGUUGACACAAUCGAGAAGCAGCUGACUACGAUACAGAGAGCGUAUGACAAUUAUGUUAGAGAAUAUGAAGCUACUACGGUGGAGACUCUGAGCUCCGGAGCUCUGAAAGAAUACAAAAAACUAAGAGAGGAAUUUUUGAUGAAGGGAGGACAUAUUGAGUCCAAAUUGCUUGACCUUGAGGAUUCAGUGAACUCCUUGAACCUACAAAUUGAGAAUGUUUCACGUCAGAACGAAAUUGUCAGCACAAGAAUUAGCGAUCUUGAAACCGAAAAGGCAGAGAUUAACUCUAAAAUUCAAGAAAAUGUCUCUCAGACAAAUGACGCGCAAAAUACCAUCAACAAGAAAAAGGAAGAACUCUAUGCUGUCCGUUCUACGCAGGAGAAGAUUUUGCAGGAAGAGUAUGAGUUGAGCACACUUUUAAAGGAGGUGCUAGUUCAAUUGAACGAGCUGCAUGCAAGUCAAAGAGAAACUGCCAGAGAGAAGAGACUCCGUGAAAAUUGCUCUUCACUUAAAAGACUGUUUCCAGGGGUUAGAGGUCUAGUGUGCGAUCUAUGCAAGCCAACACAAAAGAGAUAUGAGCUUGCAGUUUCCACAAUUCUGGGAAAGAAUUUUGACGCGAUUGUUGUGGACAAUCUCAGUGUUGCAAACAAAUGCAUUAAUUACCUGAAAGAACAGAGGGCAGGAGUGGCAUCAUUCAUUCCUUUGGAUUCUGUUGAUUCAAAGCCUCCUCAAGCUUAUCUCCGUAAUAUUGACGAGCGCGUGCGUCCAACCUUUGACGUUGUCACAUUUGAUCCUGAGCUGGAACGAGCUAUUCAGUAUGUCUGUGGAAACUCAAUAGUUUGCGAUAAUAUGGACGUCGCCAAAUAUGUGAAAUGGGAGAAAAAUGUGGACGUGAAAGUUGUCACUCUGGAAGGUUCUUUAAUUCAUAAAUCUGGUCUCAUGACUGGUGGUCUGUCACCAAACGGUGGCAGAAGAUGGGAUAAGUCUGAGAUACAGUCCUUAACUACCCAAAAGGAAGAAAUCAAGGCCAAAUUGGAGGAACUUUCGAGAAAGAAGACAAGCGAACUUCUUGAGAAAAAGCUGAUGGACGAGCUAGAAACAUUUGAAGCUCAAAUUCCUCCACUGCAAAAUGCCAGAGUCGAAUUGAGUAGGCAGGCGAAUGACAUAGAUGCUGAAAUCAAAAACCAAAGAAGCAUACAAGCUCAAUUGGAGAAGGAGCUACAAGAGUUGACAGAAAAGCUCACAAAAGCAAAGGCGAAAGUGGAUUCUACCAAUAAGGAACUCUCGAGUGUUCAGCAGGAAAUUUAUGGCUCCUUCUGUAAGGAACACAAUUUUGCAAACAUAUCCGAGUACGAAGAAACGUAUGGAUCGAACGCAAGGGGUCAUUCCAAGGAAAAGGCAAGAUACAUCAAACAAAUUCAAUACCUCGAAAGCAAACUAGGAUUUGAGAAAGACAGAUUGGAUGAGUAUCAAUCGCGCCUGGAUCGUCUUAACGAGGACAUGUCGAAGCUUGAGAAAAGCUAUAGCAAGCUCGUCUCACGCAAGGAAACGAUCGAAAACGAUCUCGAUACUUUUGAAAGUGAGCACGAAGUGCUGAUGGAGGAGUUACAAAGAGCUAGUGGCCAGCGCAAGGCCCAACUCAUUGAUUACCAACAGUUGGAAGACCAAGUCUCCGAUGUCCGUCUGCAGGUUGCCGAGACCAACAAAAAGAUCGCCAAUUUUGAAGAUUUGAUUGAAAAAGCUAAAAUUGAGAAGAUGAACAUCCUGAAAAAUUGCAAGUUGGAAAACGUGCAUCUACCGUUAUCCCUUGGGUCCAUGGAUGAUAUCCCCCUUGAUGAAUCUGAAAACGUCGAAAAUAUGCUUGCAGAUGAGAUUGAAAUUGACUUCACGAACUUGAAGUCUGGCUUCAAGUCAGGGCCACUUGAGGAGCUGCUAAGUGAGUUCAAAACAAAAAUUGAUCAAAUUACGGCAGAGUUAUCAUCAAUGAGUCCUAAUAUGAAGGCUCGAGAAAGACUCGAGGACGUUCAGAGGAGACUGGUUGAUCUGGAAGCAGAACUUUCUGACGCCAAGCAAGAGGAGAAAAAGAUCGCAGGAGAGUUCCAGACUGUCAAGUCCAAAAGGUACAAGCUGUUUAUGGACACCUUCAACCACAUAUCAGCAACGAUAGAUCCCGUCUAUAAAGAUCUCACCAAAUCCAACGUUUCGCCUCUCGGGGGAUCUGCAUACCUUACUCUCGAAGACGAGGACGAACCGUAUCUGCACGGUGUGAAAUACCACGCCAUGCCUCCAAUGAAGAGAUUUAGAGACAUGGAGCUUCUCUCUGGCGGUGAGAAAACUGUUGCAGCCCUCGCGCUGCUAUUCACUAUCCACUCACAUCAUCCUUCACCAUUCUUUGUGCUGGAUGAAGUCGAUGCUGCCCUUGACAAUGCAAACGUGAAUAAAAUUGCCAACUACAUCGCCAAGAACGCAGGUCCAGAUUUCCAGUUUAUCGUUAUCAGCCUGAAGAAUGGACUUUUCGAACGGAGUGAUGCUCUGGUUGGAAUCUACAGAGAGCAGAAGCUCAACACUUCUAAAACUCUUACGUUGGAUCUGAGGAGUUACCCCGACCAAGAGGUUGCAUAA